CUAAGCGUCACCUUCCCCUCUCUUCGCGUCGACCAUGGAUGCCCUCAAAGCUGAAAUUGCUGCCAAACGCAAGAACAUCGAGACCGAUGGAGGUGCUCGGCCUAACAAGUAUGUUCGCAGAGGCGAUUUAGACCGUGCUCAGGAGGAACAGAAACGUAAGGAGCAGGAGGAGAAGGAACGCCUCGUAAAGGAAGAAGCAGCUAAAGCAGUAGAACUACCCCCGCCUCAGCCAAAGUCCACCUCGGUUCCUCUUUCUAAAUCUCCUCUUCCGAGCGGACAUGGUUCUGAGUCGCCAAAGCCAGAAGGCACUUUCAACAUUUCGAAUGAGGAGACCAUUCGCAGACUCCGUGCUCGCAGUCAACCUAUACGGCUCUUCGCAGAAUCCGACAAGGACCGCAGACUUCGACUACGUGCGCUAGAACUUAUCGAGGAGAAGGGUCACGACCGACAAGGCGGUCAGAAUGACUUUAAGAAAGCACUGGAGGACGUAGAGAAUGUUGAAAGGGAAAUGAGGACCAAAGAUAAGGGCAAGAAGAAGGAAGAUGAUUUAACUGCAACCUCUUCAGCGUUAGUCGACCUCAACCUUAUCAAGACCGACCCAGACAAGCUCUAUCCUCUCGUCUACUACGCGCUCAAGCGUACGCUGAAGGAGUGGGAAGAAGCAAUGGACGAACGGCCAGAGCAUGUCAAACGCACACAUCAGGGGAAGCUUGCGGCUGCAACACAGGUGCAAUCUGCCGAAUACUUGAAGCCAUUAUUUAAAACGCUCCGACAAAGGGCCUUGCCCCCUGAUAUGUUGGCCCGAAUAGCAGAAAUUGUGCACCACAUGCAAAAACGUCAGUACCAAAGGGCAAACGACGCGUAUCUCAGGUUGUCAAUUGGCAAUGCACCUUGGCCGAUUGGAGUGACUAUGGUUGGUAUUCAUGAACGCUCUGCCCGAGAGAAGAUUUCCUCGGAUCAGGUAGCACAUGUCUUGAACGACGAGGUUAGCAGGAAGUAUAUUCAAAGCUUGAAGAGAUUGCUAACAUUCGCACAAACCAAGUAUCCGCCGGAGGAUGUGUCGCAGCUGAUGGGCUAAACCGUAGGCGCCGAGAUCAUCUCUGAGUCUGUGCUUAUUGCUUUUUGUACGAGUCAACUAUGAAUCCG